AUGACGGUGCGCGAUUUCAGCGUGGUGUUUGACGCCUUGGCGCAAUUCGAGGAGAGUAUGCUGGCGGCUAAACUAGAGCUCACUGCUGGAGAGGAGGAGGAGGCGGAGGAGGAAGCAGAGGGGAAAGAGGGGGAGGAAGAGGAGGAAAGGGAGUGGUGGGAAGAGGAAGAGGAAGAGGAGGGAGUGGGGGAGGGGGAGGAGGCGGGUGCAGGAGCAGAGGAAGGGGGGAGGAGAGAGGAGGACGGGCAGGAGCAGCAGCAGGCGGAGGGUCAAGCAGACAAGGAGGGGCAGGCCAAGGGAAAGAAGCUGACGAAACAGCAGCUGCUGAAGCUGCAGCAGCUCCAUCAGCAGCAGCAGCAGCAGCAGGAAGACGCGCUAAAAGCCAGCUCAGCAGCUUCGAAGCAAAAGAAGCAGAAGAAGAAGCCAGUAGACUGGAUGUUCCGAACAGCAGACGCGGAUCUGCGCUUGGCGCGCUUAGAAGCCCUCAUGGACCGCCGCCCCGAGCUCGUCUCCGCGGUUCUCCUCCGCCAGAACCCCCACAACGUGCACGAGUGGCAUAAGCGCGCCAAGCUCUUCCAAACCAACCCCGAACGUCAGAUCCUGACCUAUACCGAAGCUGUGAAGACCGUAGAUCCGUUUCAGGCGGUUGGGAAGCCGCACACGCUCUGGGUGGCGUUUGCGAAAUUGUAUGAGAAGCAUGGGGAUUUGGGGAAUGCGAGGCGGGUGCUGGAGCGGGCGGUUCAGGCGCGGUUGAAAGCGGUGGAGGACGUUGCGGCGGUGUGGUGUGAGUGGGCGGAGAUGGAGGUGCGGCAUCAUAACUUCCACGGCUCGAGGGAGCUGCUCAGGCGAGCAACGCUGCAGCCUUCAGUGGCUGUGCUGCGACAAGCCGCUGCAGAGGGAGACGAGAGGCCGCAGCUGAAGGUGUAUCGGAGCCUCAAGGUGUGGACGCUGUACGUGGACCUGGAGGAGAGCCUGGGCACGCUUGAGACCACCCGCGCUGUGUACGAUCGCAUUAUCGAUCUCAAGAUCGCCACGCCUCAGAUCAUCAUCAACUAUGCGCUCAUGCUCGAGGAGCACAAGUAUUUCGAGGACAGCUUCAAGGUGUACGAGCGCGGGGUGAACAUAUUCAAGUACCCGCACGUGCGCGACAUCUGGACCACCUACCUCUCCAAGUUCGUUCAGCGCUAUGGAGGGAAGAAGCUGGAGCGGGCUCGAGACUUAUUCGAACAGGCUCUGGAGAGUGCCCCAGCGACAGACUGCAAGCCACUGUACUUAGCCUACGCACGGCUGGAGGAGGAGUAUGGGCUGGCACGGCACGCCAUGGCCGUGUAUGAGCGAGCAGCACAGGCAGUGCCAGAGGAGCAGCGGAUGGGCGUGUACGAGCUGUUCAUUGCACGUGCUGCUGAGCUGUUUGGAGUGGCCAAGACACGGGAUAUCUACGAGCGGGCGAUCGAGUCUGGUUUACCCGAUGCGGAUGUGAAGCGCAUGUGCCUGCGGUAUGCCGCAUUGGAGAGGCGGCUGGGGGAGAUCGACCGCGCGAGAGCCAUCUUUGUGCACGCCAGCCAGCUGGCGGACCCGCGGUCCGACGGGGAGUUCUGGGAGGCGUGGAACGCUUUUGAGAUCGCCCAUGGGAAUGAGGACACGUUCCGUGACAUGCUGCGAAUCAAGCGAUCCGUGUCUGCUAGCUACAGCCAGAUGUACUUCAUUCUCCCUGAGUAUCUCAUGAAGUCAACCCCCUCCGUGCCUCGGGAAGGUGAUACUGGCCGGGGCAAGGAGGGCGCAUCUGGGGAAGGCUUACUUGACGCCCCAGCUGCUGCUGCUGGUGGCGGGGGGAUGGAUAGCAUGGAAGCUCUGGAGCAGGCGGCUGCUGGGAAAGCAGCAGCAGGAGGAGGAGUGGGAGGAGCAGGGGAUGGGGCAGCGAAACCCCGCGUGCCCAUGUUUGUGAGUGGGGGGACGGUUCAAGAGCAGGAGACAGGAGCAGGGGUGAAGUCCCAACAGGCAAACCCAGAGGAGAUUGAACUGGCUGAUGAGGACGAGGAUGAGGAGGAAGGGGAGGAGGGAGAGGGAGAGGGAGAGGGAGGGGAGGGGAAGGGGAGGAGCAAGGUGGGGGUGACGCAGGUGUCGGUGCCUGCAGGGGUGUUUGGGGCCCUGGCUGGGAAGGCGGAGGAGAUGGCGAAGAGAGAGAGGGAGGCGGCGGAGAAGGGAGGGGAGGAUGAAGGGAAGGAGGCGGCGCUGGGAGCAUUGGAGCGGUUCAAAAGGCAGAGGAAGCAGUAG